ACACAGACUACAAUUCAAUCGCUACAGCUUCAGUUCAAGACCACACAAACAUUCUAAUCCAUCAAUCAAAAUGGUUGCAUUCAACUUCGGCGCCUUGCUCGCAUUGGCCUGCUCUGCCAGCGCAGCAGUCAUCGAGAGACAGGCUUCUUGCAGCAGUUACACCAUCAUCAACACCCGCGGCACCGGAGAACCUCAAGGCCCAAGCACAGGCUUUCGUACGAUGAACUCCAAUGUCCAACGCGCAGUCUCCGGCGGCAAGAUUUACAACACCGUCUAUUCUGCCGGCUUCAGCCAAAACUCUGCUGCUGGUACCCGCGACAUCGUCAACAAAAUCACAUCCACUUUGAGAACCAACGCCAACGAAUGCUUCAUCUUGGAAGGAUACUCUCAAGGUGCCGCCGCAACAGUCGACGCCCUCCCCCAACUCACCGGCGCAGCCUUCACCGCCGUAAAAGGCGUCCUCCUCAUCGGCAACCCCGACCACAAAAGCGGUCUCGCCUGCAACGUCGACAACAACGGCGGAACCACAACCCGCAACGUCAAUGGUCUCUCUGGUGCUUUCUCUCAAGGUAUCCCUCAAAACUGGAUUUCCAAGACUUUGGAUGUUUGUAUUCUUGUCGUGGAAUCAACGCUGCACACUUGCGCUACGGCAGCGACGCACCAACCCAGAAUCUCGGAACACAGUUCAUCACUGCUCGUUUGAGAGGUACUUCUUAGGUAUGAACACUUCUAUCUUGGCGGUAUCAGUCGAAGCCCAUCACGAAAACGCAAGACAAGCAAACAAACAAUCAUUGGAAAUUUUCGGAAUGGGGGAAAUAGACGUCACGGUUGCAGUGGUGUUUGAUGAUGAAGUUGGUACAAGAGUUCAGUCGGUGUCGGUGUUAGGGUCUGUUCUGUUGUAUUCCAUUCAUUUUAACAGGGUAGUCCCUGCCUGUCACAAGAAAAACAAGAAUUCGAAG